CCAACUUCCAUCAACGCUCUUCACAGAACAGUCGGGAUGGUGUUGCCCAGGAUAUCUGCGAGUUUGGUGACUCAAUUGAACCAGAUAUCGAUAUCGGCAGCAAGACCGCGAAUACCAUCAUCCAUCCCGCACUUCCUCGCACCUGCCUUCAACCCGUCCAUUCGCACUUUCUCCAUCACACCCCUCCUCCAGAACUGGCUCGCCCCCAAAGCUGGCGAGUCCAGGAAGUCGCGCAAAGGUCGUUGCCGGGUGCCCACAGGUGGUAGUCAGCGGGGCACCACGGUCGUAUGGGGCGACUACGGCCUACGGAUGCGUGACCAUGACCGCCGCGUUUCCGCCCAACAGUUUAAGAUCGCAGAAGACACAAUCAGGAAACGCUUGCGAGGUAUGAAGUUCCGGCUGUACAUGCGGGUCGCGGCCAACAUUGGUGUGUACACGAGUGGGAAUGAGAAUCGUAUGGGGAAGGGCAAGGGAAGCUUCGAUCAUUGGGCUGCGAGGGUGGCGGUGAGCAAGAUUAUAUUUGAGAUUAAGGGUGAUUUGCACGAGCAGGUUGUUAGGGAUGCGUUUAGGUUGGCGGGGAAUAAGCUUCCUGGACUGUAUGAGUUCGUGAAGAAGGGCGAUCCGCCAGUCAUGGGCAUCACAAAGGUUGGCGUUAAUGGCAUUACCGAGGCCGAUCUGAAGAGGCCGCGGAAAAAGCUGGCUUUGGAAUAGACUCCGGCGAGAAUUCCGUCGAAGACUUCCUCAUCAGUUGAUGUGUAAGAAGCUUAAAUUUUCUAUUAUAGAGAUGAUGAGUAGAAUUUUUUAGCAUACAAUGC